AUGUCAAAUUGCCGACGCACCCUAGCGGUCGCUUACGAUUCCGAUGCAUCUUUCUCGGCUGACGAUGAAUACGACGACUACGACGAUGUUUUCGAUGCGAAGGAACAGCAAGAUGGUUCGGAUACCGAUGCAACCGAUAAUGAAGAUCUCUACGAAGACGACGAUUUUGAUAUAGAGGACCAGGUUCGGCUCUUCGACGGGAAUGUGCAUCCACCCGAGUACUGGCGGCGCAAUGUGGAGGGGUUUAACGAGGAUCCUUACGCCUGUCAAGAUUAUAGCCCUGGGACGACGGUGCUUCUUGAUGCCGUAGAGGAACAGUGGCGCCAAUUCUGUAGUGUUCUCAAGCGCGACAUAGAAGACUGCUACGCGACGAUCUCCCUUGGCCUCCUGUAUAACUUCUUUGACUGGUUCCUAAGUCAGAAGGUCGGUAAGGACGGUAGAAAGAAACGCGGAAUCAAGAAGAAGAGCUCCUUGGGCACAUACUGGAAGGUCUUUCGACUCGUCUUCGAGAGAGCCGUGGGCGACAAGAUUGACCAGAAGCUGAACCGCAAUCUUGCAAAGAAGCACGAUUUGAGCGAGCAGCGGCGAGCUAAUCGCUGCAUGACGAUCGACGAUCUCAAGCAGCAGAUCGAGACGACGCUAAGCACGACAAAGAAAUCGUUUAAACUAGGAGAGUUACGCAUCCUCGCUGUGCUCUUUCUCCUCCUGCUUGCCCCGGCCGGUUCUCGACCAGAAGCGACUUUAAACCUGCGGUUCAAGGAUAUUAGGGUCGCGCUAGCGAGAGAUCCAGAAGGCGGACCACAUAAGCUUCUUCUUCGGUUCACACCAGAGUUCACUAAAACCUACCUUGGCGAGAAGGAACAGAAAACAUACACAGUUCCCGAGACUAUGUUCGACCCGUCCUUACUCCUAAGCCCCCACGUCUUCCUUCUAGGCGUCCUCUUCCGACACCGAGCUUUCAACGCAUCCAACCUCACCUCGCCACACCAUCUUGAUAUCCUCGAUAUACAUCCCGGGGAACGGGAGCUACCACUACCGUUAAAGGAGGACCUGAACAACACCUUCAUUUUCCGUCGAGCCGUUGAGACAUUAACGGGCUACCAAAUUUCCCCUAACGAACGUAUAUCUUCCGGCAUGAUGGCGGCGUGGAUUAAGAGAAUCGGCGAAAUCCUGGGCUUUGAGUACCCUACGAUAGCCUACAACUUGCGUUACAACGCAGCCAACGCGUUUGACCAAAGUGUCGACGUCAGCGAAGCUCUCCGGAACCUCGCCAUGGGGCAUGGCAGCUCAGACCCGUUCCAGAGGCAUUACCUCGGGCGGAACAUCUCCGCCGACCUCUGGGGCAUCCUUCGCGGACAAAGGCCGCAGCAAGCGCUCAUGAAGCAGUCUUGCAGCAUUGGUCACUCUAUCUCUAAGCGCCGUCCCAUCGAUCUCACGCCGGAUCAGUCUGCAUCUGUCACUACGCAUCCGACUAUCAGGGAGCUGACGAAGGCCCUCCGAGAACUGCCACCAGGCUCCAAACAGUACAAAGAAGCUAAACGAGCGAUACGAAAUGAGAAGCAAAGACUGAGGAGAGAGCUGAAACAGAAGAUCAGAGACGAGUGGACUAACAAGCAGGCCACUGACGAUAUCGAGCGCCAAAUCCAGGGCGUAGGGUUUGCCGAGCCUGCGACAGGAGGUGGCUGUCGACCUCAGGGCCCGGCACAAAAGCGAUUGCUCGCAAAGCUCACCACCCCGAUCGUGACUACACUCGAAGGUCAAUACCGACGGCGAGAUGACGCUAUCGACGCAGUGUCUGCAUACUGUUCUGUCCAGGAAGGAUGCACCAUACGCCGGUGUCACCCUCCGUUGAUACUGAAGGCUGCACUUUCUGACCCGCCUUGUGACCCGUCGAAGGGCAGCCCAUUGUAUCUUGCCACGCUAUCUGUUUUUGUCACCAGUGAAAACCAGCGGCCAAGAAGAUGCUUUAUAUGUAUUGGCCAGGCCAUGGGUCUGCCACCAGACGAUGAGGAUCGUUUGGACGACCUCACCCGUGAAUUCUAUACCUCUAACGACCUAACCAAGCACUUCCGACGUAAGCACUUAUCCAAAGUCGCAAACAGCGACAACAUAGAGUGUAAGGUUUGCGACAUGACGCUUGACCACAAGAUGCACCUCCAGAAUCAUGCCUUCAAGAUUCACGGCACCGUAUCUUGA